CCCGACUGCCAUUCUUCACAAUAGCCGGGCACAGGAGCCAUUCCAUCUCGACCAAGGGUUCCUUAUAAUUCGGCUCUUUUGUCUGCAUUGAGACUACCGACUUGGAUUCACAUCGACCUGAUGUCAAUAGAAAACACAUCUUGGACCAGAAGCUUAAUUAACAGUUCAGUCGUCUCGCCGUUUACUUUCCAGUCUUCGUUCUCUGGCCAAGCCCAUGUUCUUCCAGCAGCGUCCCGCAAUCCCCCGAGUCAAGCCCCCUCCACCAACCGAAGACCGCGCGACGAUUCUCAAGUAUGUCUGCUUCAGACGAAGCAAGCAGCCUUGGCGUCACCCACUGGGGCCUCAUCCACCCCGAUAACAAAUGGGAUACCAAAGGAUCACUCCUGCACGUCGGGCCGCGCCGCACCCACGGCGACAUGCGUCAGACCAAAGUGAGCCGCAUCGAUCACGCGACGCACCCGGCCGUCGCAGACACUUACGCCAUCCCGGGGGCCGUCAUCAGCCUCUCCGACGCCAAGCAG